AUGUCAAUAUGGCACGAGGCGCGGAAGCACGAGAAGAAGAUCCGCGGCAUCAUGGUGGACUACCGCAAGCGGGCGGAACGCCGUCGGGAGUUCUACGAGAGCAUCCGCCGCGACCCGGCCUCCUACCUGCAGAUACACGGGCAGGCGAUGAAGGUGCACAUUGACCCGGCCAUCUCCCAGGCCGCCGACUCCUCCCUCGUUCCCUGGAUGGGCGACCCGAAGAACCUCAUUGACCGCUUCGACGUGCGCGCCCACCUCGACUACAUUCCCACGCCGUCGGAUGUUGAUUCCCAUCAGCACCAGCUAACCGCCGACCAGGAGUGCCAGCUCAACUACGAACGCUACCGCAACCUCAUUCACAACGACUACCUCGGACUGGCGGAGGCAAAGGUGCUCAAUCAGAUUUACCUCGAGGAGAGGGGCGGCGGUGUCGGCGGCGGUGGGCCAAACAGUCGAACCAAUGCCGCAGCAGCCGCCGCUUUGAAGCAGAAGUCAGCACAGGAGCUGAAGAAGAGGCUGGCGGAGAAGCGGGCGGCGAUUGGCUUCAACUACGACGAACUCAACGACGGCGGUGGCGGUGUUCACAGCGGAGACGAAGACGCCGAAGCGGCCCACUCCGAGGAUGAAGAGGAAGAGGAAGACGCACUUGAGGAGGAGGAGGAGAUGGACACCCCCGUGGACGUGGCCGAGCUGACGGAGGAGAACCGGGCGCGCAUCAACUCGCUGGCGGGCAAGUUCGGCGUCCACGACCGCCUCUUCACCAAGUUCAGCAACAUGGACCGGGAGGACGCGGAGAAGCUGCGCAUCGCCAAGGAGCUGGAGAAUGAGAAGCUGAUGUUUGUCGGGCGAAAGUCGCGCCGGGAGCGAAAGGAGCUGAAGCAGCAGCGGAUGCUCAUCCUCCGCUCCUUCAACUGCGACGACCCGAAUGACCACUUUGGGAGGAGUGCCGCCGCCGCCGCUGCGGCUGCUGCAAAAAAGUCAAGCGAAUCCGAAUCGGACGAUGAGGACGAUGACCUGGCGAAGGCUGGCCCAAUUGAUGAGAGCAAGGUGGAGUUUAUCACCUCUUUUGGCCACUCAUCUGAGGAAGAGGAGGAGGAGGAAGAAGAGGAAAGGAAGGAGACGGCGGCGGCGAAGCCAAAGCCUGCUGACCUGAAGAAGGAAGGCUUCAAGAAGAAGAAGAAGAAAAAGCAAAAGUCAACCGACAAUGGCAACAGCUCCCUAGUCUUCGGUCCAAUGUUGCCCAGUGCCAAAGAGAUAGGCGGCGGCCCAUCGGCGGCAGCUUUUAAGUUCAACUCAUCGAGCAAGCAGCGAGGUCGACAGUCGUUUCGCUACUCGGGCAAAAAUGGAAGCGAUGAUGAUGAUGACAACCUGUCCACUUCUGCUCGAUCGACGCAGAAUAGCAGCAGCAGCAGCAUGACACCCCAGGAGCGGCUGAGGAGGCUGAUGCAGGCGCAGUUGGACAAGGAAUAUAAACGGGACAAGAAGGCCGCUCAGGAGAAGCUGGAGAAGCAGAAGCAGGAGCAGCUGGAGCGAGAUGAGGAGCUGACGAAGAUGAAUCGAGUGGUUCAGGAGAGGUACGCAGAGCUCUGGAACUUGUUCGAAUGUUAA